UUAGACAUUGUUCGCAUAUGUCGAAAACGAGAAAUAUUCCCACGAUUUGCAUAUAAAAAUCAGGGACGUUAUAAGCCUUGAUUUAUCUCCCAAAAUCUAGUCAGAAUGAAGACAUUUUGCUUUCUUGCCGUUGCUUUCUGCCUUGUUUGCUUCGCGACAGCGGAGUUGAAUGAGAAAUGUGACUCAAAUGCUGACUGCGAAGAGGGAGAAUGCUGCGUCCAACUUUCAAGAUUCCUAUCUCCAAAAUGCAAGCCUCUGAGGAAAGAACAUGAAUUUUGCAUGCCAGAGCCAGAGAAGUUCUUACAGGACGAUAAGUAUAGCUUCAUGUGUCCAUGUUCAGAGGGAUUAACUUGCACUCCUAAGGAAACUGAAAAGAAAGACGGAGUGACAAUCUACAAAAAUGCUAACUGCAAGAAAGCAGGAGAAGGCGACGGAGAAGGAGAAGGAGAAGAAGAAGAAAAGUCUUUUUAAUUCAAAAAGCGAAGAUCUAAAUCUGUGUUAUAGCUUGAUGAACUGUAAUCUUUGAUUCAAUAAAAAUCUCCUUUUUGUAAUUCAA